UGGAAAAUGCAAAUGAGGCAAAUAUUAUUGGUAGGUGCAGCUCUCUUAGCCUCCACAAGCACUGUACUUUGUGCCCAACCUUUUACUUUCUACGCACUCGUUCUCCAUUGGCCGCCUUCUGUUUGUAAUUCGCUGCCUGCGGGACAGACGUGUAUUCAUGACAUCCCCGAAAGCUUUACCGUCCAUGGUCUAUGGCCCCAACGUAAAGAUGCCAGCCCGGUGCAUCCCGGCGAUGACGAGUGCAACGAAAACUUUUUUACGGCAACAAGACUUGACAAUAUUUUGAAGAGGAAAUCGUUCUACACGAACUUAAAGCAAGAUUGGCCAAACCUUUUGGAUGAAGCGGGCGGUGAUCCGACAUUGUGGUCGAUUGAAUGGAACGGGCAUGGGAUCUGUUCCGAUCUCCAAAACGAUCCUCUUGCUUAUUUCAAAUGUGUUACCGUUCUCUUCGACGACCGAAAAUUCAAAAACUUAAGACAAGAUGUGGGAAUUGAAGUUGGACAAUCUUAUACGUUAGCCGAUGUACAGCAAAAAUUGAAGGGAAAAUAUGGAGUAAAUCCUCAAAUUGCAUGCAACAAAAAGAUUCAACUUUGGGAGAUCCGUUUCUGUUAUAAAAGAGUAGAAGGAAAAGAACCUGUUGACCUUCAAGACUGCCCCAAGUUAUCUGAUACAAAAUACCCAUGUGAUCAGAACGGAAUUCAGCUCCCUCGUGCUCCUGCUCCUCCUCCCUCUUCAACUCCGCGGAUGGUAUCGGACGAGCCACAUUCAGAAUUAUAAAUUUAGUUACGGUUAGAUAUUUAAAAUGCGGUUGCGGUCGUAUUCUCGAUUGUGUUUAGUCUUGCUUAUGCAGUAUGCCCUGAUGAUUUGCUGUG